AUGGCUAAAGAAAGCAUUGAUGCUCUCCUGAACCCCUUCCUGAAAGUAUCUCGACCUGUUGCAGCUUGUGCCAGAUGUCGAAACGCGAAGAUCAAAUGCGAUGGCAGGUUACCUGCUUGCUCGGGAUGCGAGCGAGCUGGGAAAGCUAAAGAAUGCUCGAGCGCGAGCGACGAAUUUGCUCGUGGCAAGGAAAGGUCCUAUGCCAGUGCACUAGAGACAGCUGUACAGCGCCUUCAACGAAGACUUGAGGAGGCAAAGACGGCUUCAGCUCGACGUGAGUCUUCAAGCCUCUUCGCCCAUGAUCGACCUGUGUUACAAAGGAAACCUAUAAGCAACAGUCGACGCAAGGAGGCUGGCAAUGUAGACGAGCUUGUCAGCGAUUUUGGCUUCCUCACAGUCAAUGCUACAUCACGGGAUUUCCAGGGAUUUGCAUCAACUAUGUCUUUUGCAAAAAUGCUAAAGGCGAUUGCUUUGAAAGAGCCACUACCACUUUUUGAUGACAUGUCACUUCCCCCAAGAUACAGCAUAUCCAAUCUCAUAAGUCAUUACUUCGAAAACUUCCACGUUCUGCUUCCAUUCUUCUCUGAGACGGACUUCAUGAGCUCGCUAUCCCGGAUCUAUCAAGAACAUUCCAAUAUCUCGGCUGUAUCGCCUUUUGACCUAUGGUGCUUUCAUCUUGUCUUGGCAGUUGCGUCUGCCUCCUUAUCUCAGAACAGAGGCGAUGAGCACCACGACGUCGCGGUUUUCAACCUGACCAGAGCCAUGGGCAUUGACGAGCAUGUAAUCCACCCUGGUUCAAUAUCUGGUAUCCAGGCUCUUCUUCUGCUGGUUCAGUAUGCUCUUGUGGACCCUGAAUAUCUGGACAGCUGGUAUGUCAUCGGUAUGGCGUCUAGGUUACUUGUUGACCUUGGCCUGCAUUGCGAACCCUCACCUGAAACAAAAUGCUCGAAGCAAAUGCUCGAUCUGAGACGCAGGGUCUUCUAUUGCACCUACGCUCUUGAUCGUCUCGUCAGUAUGGCACUUGGUUUUGCUUUCUCGUUCACGGAUGACUCGGCUCCAAAUGUGCUACUGCCGACUUUGUCCACUGAUCAAGAAGCACGGUCUCCUACACAAGUAUUUCUGCGCUCGAUUCGUCCGUCCUUGUUUCUCUUUGAUAUUCGCCGAGUCGAAUCAGCAUAUUACCAAAAGACUCGGUGGUCGUCUCGGGACACCUGGGCACCAGACUUUGCCACAACUUAUGUUGCAUCCACUCUCGAAGACAUACGUGCUUGGCAAUCAACUCUUCCAGAAUCGUUCUCUGUAAAGCACCUGAGGCUGCUUAAGCUGGAAGCUACGUACUCGCAGGUCUUGGUCCUUUCGCCAAGUCAGGUUAUUCCUUCAGCAAUCAUCCCCGAUACUCAUAAGAAUAUGCUACUUCACUACGCUGUACAAUAUUCCGAGCAACUGCGAACAAUGGUUCGAGAUGAAGAACUUCGAUCGUGUCUGAACUACGUUGAGUGUUGCCGUGCUCGUUACGUCUCGAGACAGUUCCAGAACUUGUUGUGGGAUAAUUUUGACAUGCUCAUCAAAGGCGAUGUCAGAUCAUACUCACCGCCACAUGACGCAGGACAAGGUGACAAUUGCAAUCGAGCUCUUUGUUUCCUUGGCAACAUGUCACAGAUUUUGGAAUGGCCGAAGCAGAGAUGGGGAAUAAGUGCAUUAAAAGAGAUUUUCGAGCAGGAGUCAGCUGUACUGCUUGCACGUCUUCAGACACGUCAACAAGAACAGCUUGCAAGUCAAACAUCAUCAACCACUACAACUCCUUCGGAACCAUAUUCGUCUGCUCUUCCGUCCGAGAUGAGGAGAACAGACCAGCAUGUGCACAUCGAUCAGUAUACAAACGCUCAGAUGCCGUCUGAACAUUCCUACAUAUUCGACUUUCAAUCCCAGCAUGGCCUCACAUCUGGAAGAGAUGGGUACCAUACUGCGUAUGGCAUGCAAAAUGCUGACUCAUUACAAUCAAAUCCAGGACUGCCCUUCACAUCAUCUGGCAAUUCUCAGUUACCUGCUGGUUCGCUGCCACGUCGAAGCUAUCAGUUUAUGGGAGGUCAAGGUUGA